AUGCAGUGGAAAGCGCUUGCGCUCGCACUUUUCGUUGGCCGCAGCGUUGGCCAGGGAACCCCCGUGACCCCUUCGCCAUGGCUCCCAGUGCCGUCAGCGAUACCACCGAUGCUCCGAUUCCAAUGUUCACAGCUCGUCAUCGACCGUCUUGACCCUCUCGGCAGCCCGGGGUUGAUACCAUCACCCCAUCUUCACCAAAUUGUCGGGGGCAAUUCCUUCAACGCGACCAUGGACCCCGCUACUCACGAUCUCGUCACGGGCUCGACAUGCACUACCUGCACCUUUUCAGAGGACUUCUCCAACUAUUGGACCGCCGUCAUGUAUUUCCGAGCCCGCAAUGGCACCUACAAGCGUGUACCGCAGAGUCCAAACCUUGGCCUGACCGGGAGCGGAGGCGUCACUGUCUACUACAUCCCGCCCCACGAUCGGAGCGUCGGCGUUACUGCGUUCAAGCCGGGAUUCCGGAUGUUGGUCGGGGAUGCUGCAAGUAACAAGCCUGGCCAGGAUCCCAAGGUGUGCCAUCGUUGCAUGCCGAAGGAAGGCGAGCUUAGCCACUUGAACUGUGCUCCUCCAGAUUCGCAAGAAUUCACCAAGGAGCCCUGUGCUGGAGGCAUCCGUUCGGUUAUCACCUUCCCUACGUGCUGGGAUGGUGUGAACUUGGACACUCCAGAUCAUAAGAGUCACGUUGCCUAUCCGAUUUCAGGAAACACCGAUAUCACCCCUGAUGCCGGAACGUGCCCGGAUACUCAUCCAGUCAAGAUCCCGCAGGUCAUGUUGGAAACGAUUUGGGAUACUACGCCGUUCAACGACAAGGAGUUAUGGCCCGAGGACGGUUCGCAACCGUUCGUCUGGAGCACCAAUGACAAGGACGGCUAUACCCAACAUGGCGAUUACGUGUUUGGCUGGAAAGAUGAUUCUCUCCAACGGGCCAUGGAUGCGCACUGUACGGGAGACGUUUGCGACGUUCUGGAGCGACAAAGCGUCGAAGCAUCCGUUAAGUGCACAAUUGAACAGACUGUGAAAGAUGACGUUGAUGGAUGGGUCACUAGCAUUCCGGGCCAGGAUCCCUUGGUCUGA